AUAGUAUCGAAUCAUCGCUUUUUCUUCCAUCCCUAAGGCACGGCCAUCUUCCUUUCUAAUAAAUCGCGUUCGCAAAACGACGUGUUUAAAACCUUUUCAAGUGUUUUAAAAGCUCCGUCAAAAUGUCCGGUACAACCGCCACUAUCCGCACCCGCAAGUUCAUGACCAACCGCCUGCUCGCCAGGAAACAGAUGGUCUGCGAUGUCCUGCACCCUGGACUCUCGUCGGUGAACAAGACCGAGAUCCGCGAGAAGCUCGCGGCCAUGUACAAGGUCACCCCCGAUGUGGUCUUCGCCUUCGGAUUCCGCACCAACUUCGGUGGCGGCCGCUCCACGGGCUUCGCCCUCAUCUACGACACCCUGGACUUCGCCAAGAAGUUCGAGCCCAAGUACCGUCUGGCCCGCCACGGUCUCUUCGAGCAGAAGAAGCAGACGCGCAAGCAGCGCAAGGAGCGCCGCAACAGGAUGAAGAAGGUGCGCGGCACUGCCAAGGCCAAGAUCGGCACUGGCAAGAAGUAAGCCGCCUGA